AUGAUUACAGGACUCAGAAGUACUGACGAAAUUAUAACGAACACGAAACCGAGUCCAACUGCCGGUGCAAAGCAGUUGAAAAAAGAUAUUGUUAAGAAGCACUGUGAAGAAAAUAAUAAUGAUAAUAAUGAUAACAGUCAUAACGAAUCGAGUAAGUGUGCGAAUGCAUUUAAUGGAUGUACACGCAGAAACGCAGAUGUAAGCGUAGCAAAUGACGAUAAAGCUGCAUUGCAACGUACUGAAAGCGCUUUGAGUAGUGAGUCCACAACUUCAUCUCAGGCAUCGACGAAGUCUCCGAAUUCUUCAUCAAGUGGACAGAUUAUUCAGCGCGGUGAAAAUAUCUCACCUCCUCUUUUCUCAAAUCUGAAUACCUCUCAAAACCACCAAAAAAUAACUGUUCCCAAGCAGCAUUUAAAGAGAUGUUCUGGUGGAAGCACGCGAAAUUCAUCAGUCGUCCCACGGAUAGAUACAUCCUCGGGAAUCACUGUCAGCACGGGGGGAAGUAGUGAUAAGUCGGGUAGUGAACGUAGCACGCCAAUCCACAAACUGUCGAUUGUGGGCAAGGAACAGCACAGUGCUAGUAAGAAAAAACAACUUAACGGAAAGGAAAUUGAGGAACUUGCCAGUAGCCUCAGAAAAUUAAAUUUAACCAAGGAAAAUUCACUUGUGGAACAGUUUAUUACAAGUAAGUAUUGCUUGAAUGCUAUUUUUCACGGUAUCGUAGUAGCACUAAUGCAUUACUUUGAAUGCAGGGAUCGUUUACGUAUCGAUCACUUUCGUGUUUGGAUCACUUUCCUCAAUUUUGUAUCCGAUUUGUAUGCUAAUUUUGGCUACAUUUAUGAAGGCGAACUAGUCGACCUUGUUUUUCGUAUUUUUGGCUACAUGCUCAAAGCACCUGUUCUUGAUACCCUAAAAAUUGAAGAGUUGGAAAGUUUGAUUGGUUUUUUGCUGAGCGUUGGCUAUGACCUCGAACGGCAGUGUCCCGAACAGUUGGCAAUUUUGAAGGAUCUUAUCCGAGAUGCUUUUAUUGAGGUACAAGAACCUUGGGCUCGCAAAAUGAUAUUAUUGUUGAUGGAAUUGGGAGCAAGUGGUUGGAAACUUCCACCUGAAGCCAGUGAAUAUUACUUCCAGCAAACUAGCUCGUAA